AUGGCCAGCCCGAGUCCUGCCUACUCGCGGAUUCCCACCAACACUCGCACCGACGAUUGGACUUCGUCCCGCAGCUCCAGUUCCGGUGACCACUCCAACGAGAGUCCCAGCCCCACCGCUGACUCGAGCAGUCCAACAGCAUCCUCCGUCGAUCCGACUGAAGAUAAGAAGUCCGUCGUAUCGGAAUGCCCAUACGAACGAUAUUUCUCCGGAUUGCUUGCACCUGUCCCGAACGAAUACCUGCUCUCUGUGCGCGCGAGCAACGGUUCCUUCUUUCCUAUUCAAGUAUCGAGCACUCUACUUUGGAGACGCUCGGGUUGGUUCAAGAAGGAGAUGUCCAAGCCAUCGUCAACGGGAUCGACUGCAUGCUCGACAACUGGAUUGCGUUCGUUCUACGCAACCGAUUCGGUGAAGGGAAAGAUGAUCACAGCUCCGUUUACCACCGCCGAGGAACUGGAGCUCUACAUCGGUCUUCUCACCUCAGGCAAAGUCAGGCGUCAGCUCUUCAAUCAGGGCUACUCUCCUUCGACGAUGGAUACUCUCGUGCAGCUCUACUUCUGCUGCGUCAACUUCGAGGACCCGACAUCUGCAGAACUCGUUCUAGAGGAGGUGGCGUUGGGACUCACACGAUUUUCUGAUGACGAGUCUUUGAACGAUCUGGCGAACUUCAUCUGGAGCGUUCCAGCCGACGGGAUGAAGGAAGAAAUGCGAGUACUACGAAGACAGUUCAAGGACUGGGGCUUGAGGACCUUUUCGUGGGUACCGGCCGUGAAUGAAUGGAUGGAGGACGAGGGAAAGGGCCCUGAUGAUCUAGUGGAGAGGUAUACGUCGUUUCACAAGGACGUCAUUGUGGACUAUUGGAUGAAUCAGGAGUGA